UCCGUAUCCCUGUCCCAAUAUUUUUCUCCUCCUGGCUUUGCUAGCGGCCCGGUGGCAUCCCGAUGUAACUCCAUCUCAUAAUCAUCCUGUUCAACUCGAAAACGUGUCUUCUACAGGCGCCGACAUUUUGAGAGAAUGAGCAGUUGCACAACUCCCAACCAGCCUACUCUCUCCGAAUGUUCUUUCAGAAAGGAUCCUUUUGCCUGCCAGGCGCUGUUCAGGGCUUAAAUGCCCCACGAGCGCAAUGAUUUGGUAAAAAACUGCGUGCGCUAUUACUUGUAGGAGCAAACAUGACCAGAGAUGACUAGGGCGCGUAGGAUGUCGGCAAAGCUAGGGAACGUGCGGACAGACUUGUGCCACUAUCGUAUAUAAAUCGGCGACGAGAGAGGGAGGGGAGCAAGUGCUGAACAUUCUUCUUAGCAUACAGUUCAGUUCGACACCAAAGGGAAAUACGAUAACCUAUUUGGCACCAAACAGGAAUUACGGUGGUUCCUCUGCAAACUGCUGUUUGGACUGCCUACAUUGUUUACCUUGCAAAUGAGAGCCUAGUUUUGGAAGGAGAAACUCAAACAAAGUAUUUAACUUGGAGUUGUUUGAUCUUUCCUGAGGAAGUCAGACAGUGAAACAUAAUUCAAGAUGGAGAAUAUGGAAGAUGGGAAGAAGAAGAAGGGAGUGACCUGUUACCUCCUCUACUGCAUCACUACAGCCGUCAUCGGCUCCCUGCAGUUCGGAUACAACACUGGAGUCAUCAAUGCCCCUGAGCAGAAACUGCGACGGUUCUUCCAGAAUGUGUCUAUGGAUCGUUAUGGAGACCCCUUCUCCUCUGGGACUAACACCAUGGUUUGGAGCUUCGCUGUUGCCAUCUUCAGUGUGGGGGGCAUGGUUGGGUCCUUGUCUGUGGGGUUCAUGGUGGACAAGUUUGGGAGGCGUAAGUCCAUGCUCCUGGCCAACGUGCUGGCCCUUCUGGGUGGAACUCUGAUGGGUCUGUCCAGCCUGUGUAAGUCCUUUGAGAUGGUAAUCAUUGGCAGGCUGGUCAUUGGCGUGUUCUGUGGCCUGUGUACGGGACUGACGCCCAUGUACGUGGGAGAGCUGGCCCCCACGCACCUCAGGGGGGCCUUCGGCACCCUCCACCAGCUGGGAGUGGUCAUUGGCAUCCUGGUGGCACAGGUCUUUGGUCUGGAGUUUCUGCUGGGGUCAGACUCCCUGUGGCCCCUCCUGCUGUCCCUGACGGCCAUCCCUGCUGUGGUGCAGAGCAUCAUGUUGCCCUUCUGCCCAGAGAGCCCCCGCUACCUCCUCAUCAGCCUCAACCAGGAGGAGGAGGCUCGCAAAGCCCUGGUGCGUCUGCGUGGCUGUGAGGACGUAAGUGAUGACAUCCAGGAGAUGAAGGAAGAAGGGAUGAAGAUGGCCAUGGAGAAGAAGGUCACUAUUCCAGAACUCUUCCGCUCACCAUCCUACCGUCAGCCAAUCAUCAUCGCCAUCAUCCUGCAGCUCUCCCAGCAGCUCUCUGGCAUCAACGCGGUAUUCUACUAUUCGACAGGUAUAUUUGACACUGCCGGGGUGACCCAGCCCAUCUACGCCACUAUAGGAGCUGGGGUGGUCAACACUCUAUUCACAGUGGUAUCUCUCUUCCUGGUGGAGAGGGCGGGACGAAGGACCCUGCACCUCAUCGGAUUGGCUGGAAUGGCUGUCAGUGCUCUGCUCAUGACCAUCUCUCUCUCAUUGGUGAAGACCAACCCGUCUCUGAGCUACCUGGCCAUCGUGGCGGUGUUUGCCUUCGUGGCCAGUUUUGAGAUGGGUCCAGGUCCUAUCCCAUGGUUCAUAGUUGCUGAGUUAUUCUCCCAGGGGCCUCGGCCUGCAGCUAUGGCCGUCGCCGGCUGCUCCAACUGGACCGCCAACUUCCUGGUCGGGCUGGGCUUCCCCAAACUGGAGGAGCUGUGUGGUCCUUACGUCUUUAUCAUCUUCAUGAUCUUCCUCAUAUUCUUCUUCGUCUUCACCUACUUCAACGUUCCGGAGACCAAGGGGCGGACCUUUGACGACAUUGCCAAAGGAUUCGCCGGCACUGCAGGAGCACAAUCUCCUCCCCCAGAGGGCAUGGUCACCCUGCCCGUCUCCCCGACGACGGAGAAAGUUCCAAUGGUUGAGUUUCCGACGGAAGAGAAGUAAAAGAAGUGAUCGUCAGCGAAUCCGUAGAUAGUGUAACAGUUAGAGAACAGGGUUACAGGGUUAGACAAGCCCCUUGUGCAUAGAUACUGUAGUGUAGGGAGUUUAAAACAAAACUUUAUUGUCCAUUUGAGGUUGAAUUGGACUUUUAAAGUGCAGGACUAGAGAUAUGCACUGUUGUGGAGAGGAGCUUCCAUAUGAAAUAGCAGCUUGGUGUUGGGGUGUGUGUAUAGUGUGUGUUGGGAAUAGGGUUGGGGAUGAUAAUGCAGGCAUCAUGAGAGUGCGUGUCAAAGAGGAGUUAUGUUUACUGUGUGUCAGUGUGUGCAUGUGUGUGUGUGCCUUCAGUCAUUUUCAUUUAAACUGCCUAAAGUAUUUAUUACUGUAAGUUAUUAAUGAUCAUUUGUAAUUAGCUUUUACCAAUGCCCAAGUAAUUUAUGACAUUUAUUUUUAGCUGACUUAACUCAUAGACGCCAAUCAUUAGUUAAUCAAUGACAAUUUUUACUACUACUUUUUAAUGAUUGACAUUACAAGUAAAAACCUUUAUAAUAUUAGCAUUUAUGAGGAUAAACAUUCCAACAAAUAUGUUCAGUAAUAAACUUCCCGUAUUGUCCUUCACUUGGGUUAAAAUGGGAAUAGGAUUUGGGUUGAUGUGUACUGAGGUCAGUGGGUUUGGUAGUACAGUACGGGAACCUAAAGAUCCUCUCUGCCUGGUGUAUCCUAACCUGGCCUAUCUGUUUCUCUUCCUGGUGUAUCCUAACCUGGCCUAUCUGUCUCUCUUCCUGGUGUAUCCUAACCUGGCCUAUCUGUCUCUCUUCCUGGUGUAUCCUAACCUGGCCUAUCUGUCUUUCUGCCUGGUGUAUCCUAACCUGGCCUAUCUGUCUCUCUUCCUGGUGUAUCCUAACCUGGCCUAUCUGUCUUUCUGUCUGGUGUAUCCUAACCUGGCCUAUCUGUCUUUCUGCCUGGUGUAUCCUAACCUGGCCUAUCUGUCUCUCUUCCUGGUGUAUCCUAACCUGGCCUAUCUGUCUCUCUUCCUGGUGUAUCCUAACCUGGCCUAUCUGUCUUUCUGCCUGGUGUAUCCUAACCUGGCCUAUCUGUCUCUCUUCCUGGUGUAUCCUAACCUGGCCUAUCUGUCUUUCUGCCUGGUGUAUCCUAACCUGGCCUAUCUGUCUCUCUUCCUGGUGUAUCCUAACCUGGCCUAUCUGUCUUUCUGCCUGGUGUAUCCUAACCUGGCCUAUCUGUCUCUCUUCCUGGUGUAUCCUAACCUGGCCUAUCUGUCUUUCUGCCUGGUGUAUCCUAACCUGGCCUAUCUGUCUCUCUUCCUGGUGUAUCCUAACCUGGCCUAUCUGUCUCUCUUCCUGGUGUAUCCUAACCUGGCCUAUCUGUCUUUCUGCCUGGUGUAUCCUAACCUGGCCUAUCUGUCUCUCUGCCUGGUGUACCCUAACCUAGCCUAUCUGUCUUUCUGCCUGGUGUAUCCUAACCUGGCCUAUCUGUCUCUCUUCCUGGUGUAUCCUAACCUGGCCUAUCUGUCUCUCUUCCUGGUGUAUCCUAACCUGGCCUAUCUGUCUUUCUGCCUGGUGUAUCCUAACCUGGCCUAUCUGUCUCUCUUCCUGGUGUAUCCUAACCUGGCCUAUCUGUCUUUCUGCCUGGUGUAUCCUAACCUGGCCUAUCUGUCUUUCUGCCUGGUGUAUCCUAACCUGGCCUAUCUGUCUCUCUGCCUGGUGUACCCUAACCUAGCCUAUCUGUCUUUCUGCCUGGUGUACCCUAACCUAGCCUAUCUGUCUUUCUGCCUGGUGUACCCUAACCUAGCCUAUCUGUCUUUCUGCCUGGUGUAUCCUAACCUAGCUUUUACGUCUCUGGAGACUGACCUUGAACUGUCACAGAGACUCAGCAGCACGGACGUGUCUCUCCCUGAACACUGAGUCAGCUAGAACACUGGCAUGGCUCACCCACAUCUGUGGCUUCUGUCUGCCUCAUCAGACUACAUACAGUACAGGCUUCCAAUGCCUGGCUUGCCUAUCAUAGCUAUGCUAAUGAGGAGUUCAGUAGUAACAUUUCUUCAAGUCUCCAAAUAGUACAUGAAACAUAGAUUCUGGGUUUGGCCAGUAUGAUAGUAGAAUAUUUGACAGCAUGAUAACAGUUUCUUCAAGACAGUUAGAUUGAGAGAAUGUGUGGAGGAACUUUGAAGAAUCUCAGAUGUACUCCAAUUCAUGUAUCAGAUAGGGGUAGAGGCAAUAUAUGGAGCAAAGCCAUUCGACCUCUAUGGAACAAUGACAUUCAUCCACUACUAGUACUUGGAAAGUCUACAUUGACCUCAGUAUGAUGUAUAGUGGCUACACAGUUUUUGGAGUGAGAUCUCACAAUCUACUUAAGACAACCGCGUGUAACAUGAGCUGUGAUUGCUUUGUGUGUGAAGACUUCUAUAUAUUCUAUAUAUCAUAGAAUUAAGCCCUCUACCAAAUAGAAUGUAUCAUAGACUAGAUCUAACCUUUAUAUUUUUAAUCAGACCGUUUCUAAGAGUGAAUUUCUAGUCAUUUUCACAACCUACCAAGUGUGAAGUAUAUGAUCACAGUAGAAGACGAUAUAUGAUUUUCUAGGAACAUAGAUUUGUUAGGAACAUCCUGAAAAUAGUUGUUCCAACAAGGUGUCUACCAUUAAAGGAGAGUAUAUACCAACCCUAAAGUAAUAGUAUUUAUUGUGACAACAACAGUGUCUACCAUUAAAGGAGAGUAUAUACCAACCCUAAAGUAAUAGUAUUUAUUGUGACAACAACAGUGUCUACCAUUAAAGGAGAGUAUAUACCAACCCUAAAGUAAUAGUAUUUAUUGUGACAACAACAGUGUCUACCAUUAAAGGAGAGUAUAUACCAACCCUAAAGUAAUAGUAUUUAUUGUGACAACAACAUGCUAAAAGUGUCUAAAAAUCUUGAAACUUCAGUGGUGUAAUAUAGUAUUGUGAUUGUGGAGUCUUGUGUAGGUUUUGACCAGGUUAGUUGUUGUUAUACAUGGCUGUAAGUUAUUUCUACUAUAUUGUAGCUAGUGUACAUUCCAUAAUGGUGGCAAAUAUCUUCUCUGUGUCUCAUACAGUAUCUACUAAUACUUUUCUGUUCUACUAUUACUCAUGUGAUGUUGUUACUCAUUGAUAACUGAGCACUUUUCUACCUUUUGGCCUAAAACAACAUUUGACCUAUCAUCACUUUGGCAAUCUGGCUUUUCUUCGAUGGUUGUGAAUGUGGUGUGUACAUAUACAGUAUGUUAAUAUGUGUCUGUUACAAAAUACAUUCCUGUUAUUAUAGCUUUCCUCAUAGCUUUCAUAACUCAUUUCAUAAUGUUUCUGGCACUGCUGCUUGCACUCUGCACAUACUACUGAAUGUUGCUAUGGUGAUGUACUCUACCAUUCUCUGCCAUACAUAUUGUGCUAACAUGAUGUUAAUGUGAAUAUUAUGAAUGCAGUGGUUCAUUGGGCGCUCUUGUGUAUUAAUAAAAAAAAAUAGUAUGUAAAUGUUCCACUGUACAGGAGAUUUUUAUUUCUUUAAAAAUGACCUUUAUUGGCCCAAUAAUUAAUCAUUACAACAUUUUUUUCAUUUUAACAACCUAGAUAGUUAAAGACAAGCCGCCCUCCUCGUCCACUGUACAUAAAAAAAACUGACGCCCCACACCCCUACAAAAACCCCAGAGAGAGAGAGAGAGAGAGAGACACAGAGAGAGAGAGAGAGACAGAGACAGAGAGAGAGAGAGAGAGAGACAGAGAGAGAGAGAGACAGAGAGAGAGAGAGAGAGAGAGAGACAGAGAGAGAGAGAGAGAGAGAGAGACAGAGAGAGAGAGAGAGAGAGAGAGAGAGAGAGAGAGAGAGAGAGAGAGAGAGAGAGAGAGAGAGAGAGAGAGAGAGAGAGAGAGACAGAGAGAGAGAGAGAGAGAGAGAGACAGAGAGAGAGACUACUGUAUAAUUAUUGUUCUAUUAUGUUGUAAUAAAGAGUCACUCAAGCCUUAUAAAUAUGUUUUUAUUUUAAAGGGCAUCUGUGAAUUUUUGUACCAUUGAAAAACCAGAAGUCUGAUAUUCUCAGUAGGUUUUUUUCGAGAAUGUUUUGUGCUCUGUCUUUGUAAUGCUCGUCAUAAAACGACAACAUUCGUCUUUACACUUUCCUUGUAUCUGUGUGUGUAUAUCAAGCUCACUGUAUGUAUUCUGUGUGUGUAUAUCAACCUCACUGUAUGUAUCUGUGUGUGUAUAUCAAGCUCACUGUAUGUAUCUGUGUGUGUAUAUCAACCUCACUGUAUGUAUCUGUGUGUGUAUAUCAAGCUCACUGUAUGUAUCUGUGUGUGUAUAUCAACCUCACUGUAUGUAUCUGUGUGUGUAUAUCAACCUCACUGUAUGUAUCUGUGUGUGUAUAUCAACCUCACUGUAUGUAUCUGUGUGUGUAUAUCAACCUCACUGUAUGUAUCUGUGUGUGUAUAUCAACCUCACUGUAUGUAUUCUGUGUGUGUAUAUCAACCUCACUGUAUGUAUCUGUGUGUGUAUAUCAACCUCACUGUAUGUAUCUGUGUGUGUAUAUCAACCUCACUGUAUGUAUUCUGUGUGUGUAUAUCAACCUCACUGUAUGUAUCUGUGUGUGUAUAUCAACCUCACUGUAUGUAUUCUGUGUGUAUAUCAACCUCACUGUAUGUAUUCUGUGUGUGUAUAUCAACCUCACUGUAUGUAUCUGUGUGUGUAUAUCAACCUCACUGUAUGUAUCUGUGUGUGUAUAUCAACCUCACUGUAUGUAUCUGUGUGUGUAUAUCAACCUCACUGUAUGUAUCUGUGUGUGUAUAUCAACCUCACUGUAUGUAUUCUGUGUGUGUAUAUCAACCUCACUGUAUGUAUCUGUGUGUGUAUAUCAACCUCACUGUAUGUAUCUGUGUGUGUAUAUCAACCUCACUGUAUGUAUCUGUGUGUGUAUAUCAACCUCACUGUAUGUAUCUGUGUGUGUAUAUCAACCUCACUGUAUGUAUUCUGUGUGUGUAUAUCAACCUCACUGUAUGUAUCUGUGUGUGUAUAUCAACCUCACUGUAUGUAUCUGUGUGUGUAUAUCAACCUCACUGUAUGUAUUCUGUGUGUGUAUAUCAACCUCACUGUAUGUAUUCUGUGUGUGUAUAUCAACCUCACUGUAUGUAUCUGUGUGUGUAUAUCAACCUCACUGUAUGUAUCUGUGUGUGUAUAUCAACCUCACUGUAUGUAUCUGUGUGUGUAUAUCAACCUCACUGUAUGUAUUCUGUGUGUGUAUAUCAACCUCACUGUAUGUAUUCUGUGUGGUUUAUUCUGUGGUUCUUUCUGUGUUUAUGUAACACUAUAUCUUGGUAACACAUGCUGCCUGGUGGAAACUAUAUUUCCCACGAUACAACACAAAACCUCCUCUGCCUUGUAGAACUCACUGAACACUGUAACAACGUAAUGAUGUUUGACGUUUGACCUGGAAAUAAAGCCACUAGUGACCAUA